GUCCCUGGAUUCACUGCUUCCGACGCUUCUGCUUUUCCGCGCAGCAGUAAGUGAGAAGGCGCGAAAACUACAUACUUCGGCGGCUCCGCUCCGUCCUUUCGACCUCUCCGAUCGAUGGCGACGUUCUCUCGACGCCGCGCGCACGACAACGCGGGCGUCCGAUGCGCUGCUUCUCGUUCUUGUUUCCAACGAUGGACUCUUCUCAGACCCAACUCUGCUCCUCCACCUCUCCCAUAAAAAACCUGCUCGGAAUCCCUUGGGUCCGUCCUUUCAUUCCCUCUCCUGCAAUUGGAGGAAGAAGGAAUGGCUGAGAUCAAUUCAAAGCCGUUUGAGUCCGUACAGGCCGCGCUAUCCCUAUUUGAGGAGAAAACUGAUCGAAAGAAGUUCGGCUCAACUGGUAAUGUGGAAGCGCGGAAGGAGGAGUCGGACAUCUUAUUGAAGGAAUUGGCCAAUUGCAAAGUGCUGCUCGAAAUAAAAGAAUCUUUAAAUAUGCAAUCCAAUCUCAAGCUCGAAGUAUGUCGGAAAACGAUUGAAGAGCUGUCGACACAGUUGAAGAAUGUUGAAGUUGAAAGCGAUAAGUAUGAGAGAGAAUAUUUGAAAGCUCAAGGCCAUAUUGCGAAGCUUGAAUAUGAUAACAAGGUGAUUAAAGGCCAAAUCAUGGAAUUUGAGAGUAAAAAGGAUCACCAUUGUGUUUGCAUGAAAUCUCUGCUCAAUGCUGCCGGCGAAUCAAAAGUUACUGCAUGGGGAGAAAUGUUGGCAAAAACUAUAGAAAUAGAUUAUUUUCAAAUGGAACUGAAGCAAGUAAAAGAGUUGUAUCUAUCAUCUCGAAAUGUUUCUUCGGAUGCAAUUGAUUACUUGAGCCAAACUCAAUCAAAAAUUGAGAUGAUGCAAAUGGAAAACAUUGGAAAUUCAGUGUAUAUGGUGACAAUGGAGGAUGGCAUCAGAAGAAUGGAAGAAGUUCUUCAAAGUGCGAGGCAGAAAAUCGCUGAAUUGAACUGCCAAGUUGAAACUCUCCAAAGAAGUAUGCAGGAAAUGAAUGGUGAGAUGUCUGAGAUGAGGACCAGGGAGCUGGAAUUGGAAGUAGAAAUUGUGCUGCUAAAUACUGAGCUCCACAGAAGCAGGACGCCAAUCGCUGGCGCUGAGGUUGCAGAAGCAAGGUUUAGUAGUGCUCAAGCUGGGUUGUGUCUUGCUGUGCAGCAACUGUCGAUGCAAGCUGAAAAAGCCAAGAGCUUGAAACUUCCUAUAAAUAGUGUCGCUGAUGUGGUGAUCGAUGAUGAGGCAUCUGAAGUAAACCAAGAAGCAGUUGUCCAGAAAUAUUCAGGAAAAGCCAAUGUGCUAGCAGACAUUCCACUUAAGAAUGAUUGCGAACCACUUGUACGUGAACAUAAAAAUGAGACGGAUACCUUAAGAGAAGAGUUGGAAACUGCUAAGGCUGAGAUCAAUGACUUGAGAUUCAGUUUAAAAGAGGCAGUAAGGAGAAAUGGGCUUGCUGAGAAAGGUAAGGCGGCAAUAGAAGACCAACUGAGGAGCUGGAGGAAGCAGCAGCAACAACAACGAAGAUGUGCUUCAGAAGCUAAAAUGGAGCGUAUCGUCACAAGAAAUGUGAAUAUGGUGUAUGCAAAUCCUUCAGCAUAUGAACUAUCUAUCAGCAAGCCAGUGCUUCGUGGGGUAUCUUUACAUGCAAAUCGAAGUGCUUCGUUUGGUAAUGAGAAGCAUUUCAAUUAUGUUCCUCUUGGUAAGAUCCUCAAUAUGAAAUAUUAGUCAUGUCGAUUGUGUGACAUGCCCAAGUUUCAUACUGAAAAAUAUCUCACCACGUGAGUUGGAUUUUAAAGUCAGCUGUUUAGCUUUUUAAACUAGCACGAGUUAUGUUGAAUGAUAAUUUCUUUUGUCCUCAUAAUCUAUUAACUGGUGAUUGAACUUGACCAGCUUUGGAUUCAAAUCUGAUUAGUAAAAUGCGAUCAAUUGAGCAGACA